AUGCUCAGUUUCGAAGCGUGUUUCCCUCCAAAAAGGGCACGCCAAGAAAAAGGCAUUCGUUCUCGAAUCAUUGGUGAAUUGGAAGGGAAAAAAUUGCUCUAUUCAGUUAACAGUUCAAAGCAAACAUCGAUCGAGCUUGUCAAACCCGACGGUGACUCGAUAACUGCCUUGUCAUUCAAUGAAUAUAUUGAUGUAGUUAAUGCUGAUUUAUCUCCUGAUAAUGAAAUGAUUCAUAUCACGCGUAGAGUUACAUCAAAUAAAGGCUUUGGCUUUAUUUCAAAGGUUUAUCAUAUUCACUCACAAGCCAAAUCACGAGAUUUUUAUAGUGAUAAACCAAUUUAUGCAUUUUUCCUUCCAGAUUCAAAAAAUACCAAUUAUUCGUUAAUUCACAUAGUUGGGAACAAAAUUUCACAUAUCAGAGCUAUAUUAACAAAAAAUUCAAUCGACAUAGAAGUAUAUAGAGGAGGUAUUAACAUACCAAAUGUUGUUUCAUGGACAUAUCAUCGAAGUAUUUCUUUACUUAUAGUUCUUCAUGAAAUCAAGCAGCAAUCUAUAGUUCUUUCAGAAUUUAACCUCCAUCAAGUACAAAACGGGUCAACUGUUCCCAUUCCAAUCCAAGUAAACCCAAAAUCUCAAUUACCUCAUGAAGUUUCUCUUAAUCCUCUCUCAGCAUUACAUAUUCCAUUCUUCAGAUGCAAAACCAAUCGAAUAUUUUCUACUCGUCAUUCCUCGAAAAUUUGCGUCAUUCAGCAAUUAUUUACAAGUGUUGACGAACCAUUGUCGUUUAGCGUUUGCAUGUAUCCACAUAACUUCAAUACCAUUAUUACCGUUCCAAAUACCCCGUCAGACCUUCCGAUUGUUUACAUGCAGUUUGGUUCUUUAAUUUUUUGUUUCGUGGUCAAUUGUUUUAUCUGUUUUAUCGACAUUUCUCAAAACCCUCCAUUCAUUUCUCUACAAAUGAACCCUUAUUCCGCUGGUCCUGUCAGUGAUUGUGCAUCUCAUCUUCCUCUCAGGCACCAUUUGGUAGAUAUAUCCACCGGAGAUGUUUUCCAGGUAAAACUUACGUUGGCCGGCUACUCAACUUUUGUUCGUUCAAUUGAUUCAUCAAAAAUUGAUUUAUUUGCCAUAAUUUGUGCAAAACUACAAGAUCCUGUAUCAAUGGCGCCAGUAUUUGCCUUACUAGAAUUAUGCGGAGACCCGUUUAUCGUUAUUCACUUCGCUCAAAAAUUAUUCAGAUAUUUGAGUUUCGAAAAUCGGUAUAGUAAAGUUGUUCCUCCAAAGAGACAGUCAUUGACACAUGGCCGUCGUCAACAGUUUCUCAUUCGGCAACAAUCAAUGCCAGAAGCACGCGAAGUCAAACUUCCAGAAUCAAUCACUCAUAAACUUGCAUCAAUGGAAGCGGAAUUCCCAGCUGCUUCAUUUGUUCCAAGGAAGCGAACAUUUUGGACACAUAUCAAAAAAGUUAUGACAGAAGACAGGUCACGUACACUUGAUGAUGCAUGUAAGAAGGCUAUUGUCAAGAUGGAAUCACAGAAUUCAGCAUCAUUGAUUAUCCGAAGUUCACUUGAUAAAUGGAUUUCAGAGUACAAACCAGACCCAUUCUGGCAGUUCCUUAUUUCGUUUGCAUUUGUUAAUGAAACAGUUAUGCAUGACUUCCCAACUAUUCCCGUUCUUCGCGAAGAAUCAGAGUCACUUUUAAACAACAUCGGGAGUGAAGAGAUGCGACGUACAUUCCGUGCACAUAAAGUUUUUCGUAUGGCCGUUGCUAGCCACGAAAGAUAUAAUGAACUUCGUUAUUGGAAGAACCGAGUUCCACGUGGUGACUCCGAAGGAACAGACACAAGUCUUUCUACUAUUGUUUUUGCAGCAAGACAUCAAUCAACAGACUUACUGUCUGCAGAAGUUAAUCCUGUCACGAUGUCUGGAGAAUUUUCUGAUCUCGUUCAAUAA